GUUUGAAAAGUGAGUGACUCUUCAGAGAUGUGAAACAGAGGAGCAGUCACACACUUCUGAUACACAAGCUGCUCAUUAUUGGAUACAUACGGUGCUGGAUGCUACUUGCAUGGCAGCAUGAUGAUUAACAGAUUGCCUUCUAAAGGGAAAUACAGUGUCAGACUGCAUGCUCCUUAAACACUGAGGAUUCAUAAUAAUCGCAUAUCAGCAUGGGUCAGAAUAAAAAGGAACAAGAAUUUUGCCCCUUAAACUAUAUGGACAGAAACAGCUGACAUAAACAGGAAGUAAAUUUGGAAAAUCCAAGACAGAAUCGUUUGCAUAGCUCCUGGAUGUAGGUCAUCAUGAGUGUUAUCAUAAGAGCAGCUGGAAAUUGAAAAUGCACCAUCUAUCACCUCCCAGCUUAGGAAUGAUCCGUUUUCCCACCUUCAUUUUUUUUGGAUCUUUUUUCUUCCUUCUUCCAAAUGACCUUCCUGAAUACAAAUAACACAUUUCUUCUGCUUUGCAUUUUUAUUCUGAUAUUAUCUAUUCAGAAAUCAAAGUUUAUUGCAAAUUAAACCACACCUAAAAAUCUAAAUAUGAAAAUAAUAUUUGAUUAUCUUUGAUAAGCGUCUUUAAUCCUGUUUGACAAACCACAUUUAUUUCUUACUUUGUCCAUAAAAUAUACAAUAUCCUGAGAGAACUAUCUGUAGCACAGCAGCUUUUUUAAUCCGUAGAGGUAUCGAUUACUCCCUGCAUGUUCCAUUUUCUCUCAGCUUACCCUUUUUAGGAUCUCUGGCCUCAUUUAAAGCCCCUAUCAGACAUUAGAUAGUAAAUGUUCUCCUAAAUAUCUCACCUACGUUUGAUGAACAGAUGCAGUGCAAAAUGUGAAUGACUGCAAUUUUCCAUUUUUCAAAAGAUUUAAAAUACAGGCAUCCGUGCUCUUUUAGCCAAAAGAAACAGCUUAAUAUUAAUCAUAACAUCAUAAAUUAAUUCCACAUUUCAUGAUACAUCCUCAUUGCUUUUGUAUAUUUAGACAGUAUCCGUUCCUUAUUUUUUUUCCCGCUUGUUAUUACUCAGUCUGGUUAUUUUUGUAUGUUUUAGCUGCUAGAUUAUUUGAGAUUUCUCUUUUCCUGUAAAUGUAAAUUUAGAGAAUAGUAUUGGAAUCUGUUAAAGGUGGAGCUACACAAAAGAUUCAAUUCAGCUGAAAGUAAAUAAAAGAGGACAGCAAAUAAAGUUAAUUGUUUGAUUUGGUAGGGGUUCUUUUUUGUGUCUCUGAGCAGUAUGGACUAUACUGUACCUGUCAGCUGAAAUCAGUAACAUCAGUGAGUAACUGUUAUAAUACAAAUGAUUUAUUUGCUAUUUCCCUUUAAGGAUAAAACACACAGCACUGAAAUACUGACCAUGUUUCCAUACAAGAUUUUAUAGUGAUUUCAUGUUGUGUUGUGUUUUUUUGAACAUCCCUCUAUCCUGCAAAAGAAGGUGAAGAAAUCACAGAGGGUUUGUAUGGGCAUGAUAUUUUUGGUUUUGUUUUGAUCAUAAGCUGUAACUUUCCUUUGUUUGUCAUAUGAAACUUGUUUCUUCUUCAUGCUUCUCUCUGUCUCCUUUUCCACUGUGCUAUUAAUUGUCUUUUUUAUGGCUCUUUUGUAAUGUUUGGUCCUGUCUAAACCGAGCCUUAUGUGUUUGUACCUUCAGAUUUCUAUUGAUUUGUCCACUCACAUGCCAACUCAUGCGCUGACACCCAGACCCAUAUUCCCAAGUCUGCUUUUAAAUCCAGUGCAGUUGCUAUUAGAAUUUAGAAUUUAGAUUGGAGAUAAACAGAUUGCAUUAAACCUGGAUAAAAUUAUUUGUUAAUUAGUUUUUUAAUGCCGCUCCUUAGGUCAUGUUGAUGUUUUUUUUUUUUUUUGGCUAGCAUCAUAAAUGAAAUAUCGUGUUCAAUAGUUUCAGAAGUAAAGGAAUCUGUUUUGUAUAUCACGGUGAACCAUCACAAAAACAUAUUUUGAUUUUCCAGGGUUUUUUUUUUUAAUCAAUUUUUGAACUGGCUUCUCAUAUGCAUCUUUUCUGAUGUACACUUCAUGCACACAUUUCUAUGUUUAUAUGCUCAUGUAUGUUUCCUGAUAAGACUCACGUGCACAUACACAAACAUUGUGAGUAAUGGGAGCUGCACGUGUCAAGCGUCGUUUCAGUGCGGUGGACACUCCUCUUAAUGAGGAAGAAGUAAUGAAGCUGGCUCAGAAUGAUGAUGUUACUGGGGUCUGUACAAGAGCUCUAUCUUCUCCAGCUUGCAAUGGCAAGCUGCUUAACCAAAACAAUGGAGGAUCAGGGAGGCUCUUUGAGAGAAAGGAGGAAGAUGAUGAUGAUUGUGAUAACAAUGAUAGAGGAAGGUGGAGAGGAAGAGAAGGAGGCUGUGGUUUCAUGCUUGAGAGUGUAGCUAGGAGAGAAGGGGGAUGGGAGCGAGUUGAAAGGACUUUCUCUGUCUCACCGUCCUUGUCGACUCCUCUUACUGCCCAACCUCACUUCCUGCCUCACAGCCGAUUUGUGGGCAAAGAUGGUCGCUGUAAUGUCACUUUCAUCAACAUGAACCAGAGAAACCAGAGGUACCUUUCAGAUCUCUUCACCACCUGCGUGGAUAUUCGCUGGCGCUGGAUGCUGGUAGUCUUCACCCUGUCCUUCUUGCUCUCCUGGCUUCUUUUUGGAUUGGUCUUCUGGCUCAUUGCAGCUGCUCACGGAGACUUAAGUCCCCCACCAUCAUCCUCAAUCUCCCCCUCCUCAUCCUCCUCAGCUACCUCAUUCUCUUCUUCUGUAGCUUUAAGAGAGCAACCAGUGGAUGAGCCUGAGGAGCCACUGGAGUCUAACCACUGUUUUCAGGAGGUGAAAACCUUCAUGGCAGCCUUCCUCUUUUCUUUGGAAACACAGACAUCUAUAGGGUAUGGCUUUCGAAGUGUAACUGAGGCCUGCCCCCUGGCGGUGCUUGCUGUCGUUUUGCAGUGCAUUGUGGGCUGCAUCAUCGACGCUUUCAUCAUCGGGGCGGUCAUGGCUAAGAUUGCCAAGCCCAAGAAGCGCAAUGAAACCCUGGUGUUUUCAGAUGUGGCCGUAGUAGCUAUGAGGGAUGGGAAGCUCUGCAUGAUGUGGCGAGUGGCAAACCUGCGCAAAAGCCACCUGGUAGAGGCCCACGUCCGAGCACAGCUGCUGAAGCCAAGGGUGACCACAGAAGGAGAGUUUCUACCUUUGGACCACAAGGACAUUAACGUGGGCUUUGACACAGGAACUGACCGGAUCUUUCUGGUGUCUCCGGUAACCAUUGUGCACGAGAUCAAUGAGGAGAGCCCUUUCUACGAGAUGGACCGGCAGAUGCUGGAGACAGAUGACAAUGUGGAGGUGGUGGUCAUACUAGAGGGCAUGGUCGAAGCCACUGCCAUGACCACACAGUGCCGCUCUUCAUACAUUGCACCUGAGAUUCUCUGGGGUCACCACUUUGAGCCUGUGCUAUUUGCAAAGAAAUCUGGCUACCAGGUGGACUACUCAUACUUCAACAGGACGUAUGAGGUUCCUGACACGCCAUCCUGCAGUGCUAAAGACCUAGCUGAGAAAAAGUACAUCUUGGGCUCCCGUUCCUCUUUCUUCUACGAGAAUGAAGUGGCUCUGCAGCUCUCCUCCUCUGCCCUUCCCUCCCCCAACAGCAUCUCUCCAUCCCCCUCUUCCUGUCUUUCACCCAUUCUUCUUACUCCUAGAGGAGGCACAUGUAGUGAGCACCCACAAACACACACUCACCCUCAGCAUGGGGGGUCAAAGGGCAAUAGGGGAAAAAGUAGAGAAUUAGGGUCACAAAGAGUGUGAAUAAAUGAUACAGAGAGAGCUGAAGGCAGUAGUAGAGUUGCAUGAACAUAGGGAGGAAGCUGGUACAAUGGACAAAAAGUCUGACAGGAGACAAAAAGGAGAAGGGAACUGAUUAAUGAUAGAGGGUCAUGAUUAGAAAAAGCAGAGUGGAGGAAGGGAGGUAGUGGAGGUAUAGUGCCCUUUUCUUGGCUGUCACAGCAAGCAAAAAAAAAAAAUACCAAAAGCUUAAGCAUUGAUAUCAACUCUUUGCUGAAGCCUAAUAAAAAAAACAUAAUGAGAGUGUGAGAGUGAGGGAUGGAUUUAACUAGCACAUUUCUCACUUCCAGAUAAUAUAUCUAAUAGACAAAGGGUUUGUUCAGAGGUAUUCAGGUGUCCAAGGAUUUUGAACAAAUGAGGGUAUUUAAUACAUUAAUGACAAUUAGGUCAAACAGAAAACUUGAGACAGAGAGAAUGGACAAAAUUAAAACAGUUUGGGGGAGAAGGAGAGAGAGGCGUAUGGGGAGGGAUUCAGAGGGCUAUUUACGGAUGAGGAGGGUUGCAACACUGGCCCACUUGGCUGAUUGGAAGUGGCAAUCUUUUAAAGUCAGUAUCACCGAUCGCUGAGUUCCUGCAGUGGUACAAAUACACAACAGUGAUCCCUUAUGGCUGUAAGAAGUAAAUGCAUAGAAUGAAAAGCUACUUUUUAGAUUACAGGACAAGUCAAGUUGUAUUUCCAGCAUGAUGGUGUGACACAGGAUGCACAAGUCUGUGGAAAAGCAAAAGUCUCUAAAAACAACACAAUACGGUGCACAAGACAGUGUCACUGUGUCGGUGUAUCAGGACAGGACACACCAACUACACGGAACAACAGGAGCGUUAACAAAAUGAAUUGUGCAAAAGACACAAGUUCAGAAAUUUCCAUAAGUGUGUGCAGAAGAGGUUUUUUUUACACAGCUCCUCAUGUACCUGCUGUUUAACUUAUUUACACAUUUACUGAGUCCUUCACUUUAACAACUAGAUUUAUUAACACCAAAGGCAAAACAGCCCCACAGAUGGUAUGUGCAGUGCCUUGCAAAAGUAUUCAUACCCACUGAACUUUUUCACAUUUUGACACGUUACAACCACAAAGAAAAAUGCAUUUUAUUAAGGUUGUAUGUGAUAGACCAACACAAAGUGGCACAUAAUUGUGAAGUGGAAGGAAAAUGAUAAAUGGUGUCCAAUUUUUUUUUUACAAAUAAAUAAAUGAAAAGUGUGGCGUGUAUUUGUAUUCUGCCCCACUGAGUCAAUACUUUGUAGAACCACCUUUCUCUGCAAUUACAGCUGCAAGUCUUUUGGGGUAUGUCUCUACCAGCUUUGCACAUCUAGAGAGUGAAAUUUUUGCCCAUUUUUCUUGGCAAAAUAGCUCAAGCUCAGUCAGAUUGGGUUGGCGAGCGUCUGUGAACAAUGAUUUUCAAGUCUCGUCACAGAUUCUCAAUUGGAUUUAGGUCUGGACUUUGACUGGGCCAUUCUAACACAUGAAUAUGCUUUAAUCUAAACCACUCCAUUGUAGCUCUGGCUGUAUGUUUAGGGUCAUUGUCUUGCUGGAAGGUGAACCUCCGCACCAGUCUCAAGUCUUUUGCAGACUCUAACAGGUUUUCAUCCAAGAUUGCCCUGUAUUUGGCUCCAUCCAUCUUCCCAUCAACUCUGACCAGCUUCCCUGUCCCUGCAGAAGAAAAGCAUCAGUACAACAUGAUGCUGCCACCACCAUGUUUCACGGUGGGGAUGGUGUGUUCAGGGUGAUGUGCAGUGUUAGGUUUACGCCACACAUAACGUUUUGAAUUUUGGCCAAAAAAGUUCCAUUUUAGUCUCAUCUGACCUUUUUCCACAUGCUUGCUGUGCCCCCCACAUGGCUUGUCACAAACUGCAAAUGGGAUUUCUUAUGUCUUUCUUUCAACAGUGGCUUUCUUCUUGCCACUCUUCCAUAAAGACCAGAUUUGUGGAGUGCACGACUAAUAGUUGUCCUGUGGACAGAAUCUCCCACCUGAGCUGUGUAUCUCUGCAGCUCCUCCAGAGUUACCAUGGGCCUCUUGGCUGCUUCUCUGAUUAAUGCUCUCCUUGCACUGUCAGUUUACAGUAGGUGGACAGCCAUGUCUUGGUAGGCUUGCAGUUGUGCCAUACUCUUUCCAUUUCCCGAUGAUGAAUUGUACAGUGCUCCGUGAGAUGUUCAAGGCUUGGUAUAUUAAUUUAUAACCUAAACAACUUUAUCCCUGACCUGUCUGGUGUGUUCUUUGGUCUUCAUGGUGCUGUUUGUUCACUAAUGUUCUCUAACACACUUCUGAGGGCUUCACAGAACAGCUGUAUUUAUACUGAGAUUAUACUGAGAUUAAAUGACACACAGGUGCACUCUAUUUACUAAUUAGGUGACUUCUGAAGGCAGCUGGUUUCACUGGAUUUUAGUUAGGGGUUUCAGAUAUUUCAUUCAUUCAUGCAUUUUCUACCGCUUAUCCGAACUACCUCGGGUCACGGGGAGCCUGUGCCUAUCUCAGGCGUCAUCGGGCAUCAAGGCAGGAUACACCCUGGACGGCGUGCCAACCCAUCGCAGGGCACACACACACACUCUCAUUCACUCACGCAAUCACACACUAUGGGUAAUUUUUCAGAGAUGCCAAUCAACCUACCAUGCAUGUCUUUGGACUGGGGGAGGAAACCAGAGUACCCGGAGGAAACCCCCGAGGCAGAGCAUGCAAACUCCACACACACAAGGCGGAGGCGGGAAUCGAACCCCCAACCCUGGAGGUGUGAGUCGAACAUGCUAUCCACUAAGCCACCGUGCCCCCCCUUUCAGAUAUUUAUUUGUAAAAAAAAGAAUUGGACACCAUUUAUAACUUUCAUUCCACUUCACAAUUAUGUGCCACUUUCUUUCGGUCUAUUUCAUAAAAUCCCAAUAAAAUACAUUUUUCUUUGUGGUUGUAACAUGUGGAAAAGUUCAGUGGGUAUGAAUACUUUUGCAAGGCACUGUAUGUAGGAAUGGUGGAACUCGUGCUCUGUGUUUUGUUCAAUUUGAUAAUACAACAUUUAGUGUAUUUGAAAAAAAUUAACUAAUCAGAAUACAAAUAACAGAUGUGAAACUACAGUUAAAUUAGGUUAAUAUAGCAAUACUAUGUACCGUGACAACACUUGAAAUCAGCAACACUUGAUCUUUAUUUAGGAUAUUCAAGACAUCUAAAUAUUCAGUGUUUAAGUAAACACAUACAGUACAACAACUUUUGCACAUUCGGCCGGAAGUGUUGUUACUUUUUCCACUUCAGGGACAGACAGAUGAGUCUGAGAGCUUAAAAAUCAUAAGCACUCAAUAGGAGAGAUUGUCUAUGAGAAUGACCAUCUAUUGCUGUUUAAUUGUGUUUUAGUAUUGCCUUCUCCAAAGCAACAGAAACUGGUUGCUAUAGCCACAGUUUUAUUUACACUUUGAUAAUGUUUGUAGCUCAUGUUGCUAUGAAGUUUCUUUCUCUGUAACUGACCUUCUUUUACUUUUUAUUGUACUUUUUUUAAACAAACAAAUUUUUCACCCAAAUGCUCAGAAUGAUGUUGAACUGGUCAGGCAGGUAACGGAGUGGUUUAAGAGGACUCACUAGUUACCUAAUUGAACCUUUUCUAUAUAUUUUGGGGUGAGGUUUUUGCAGUUUUUUCACAUUAUUCAAUAAAUUCAAUUUUAUCAAAUGCAAUGUACAAUAAGGCUGUGACAAACACUUUAUUUAGUAGACAUUGUGUCUCAAUGUAACACAGAUUUGUUCCUGUAUUGCCCUGUUUUGUCAAAUGCUUACAUUUGCACCGUAUAGCAAAUCUAACUGUAUUUUAGAAUGAAUGUGAUGCAGGAUUGGAUGAAAUUUCUAGAUAAAUAGUAGUAGUUGUUAUAGUA